UUUUCAGGAUUUUUGUUAUAUGUUCUUAGUAUUAUCUUUAUUUGCUUGGUUUAAUUGUAAAUGCCAUCACAUUAUAUAUAGAUCUGUGCUGUGAAGGCCCCUGGUUUUGGAGAAAACCAUAGGGCUUAUAUGCACGAUCUAGCUACCCUCACAGGAGCCCAGGCAAGACCAUUAAAGUAUCUGCCAAGCUUACACUAAUUGCAUGCAUGAUGUGUAAUAAUAUUUCUUUGAUGAUCUCAAUUUACAGGUAAUAACAGAAGAGAGAGGUAUGAGUCUUGAGAAAAUCGAACUCGGUAUGCUUGGAACCUGCAAAAAGGUUCGUUUGGCUCAAUUCCUAUGUACCUUCGAAAGCAUUUAUAUCACAUCUAGAAGCUGAUCUGCCCAUAGCAAAAUGAAACAUUGGUCUUGAGCUCCUAAAUUUUUAAAGUUAAUGUAAAUAGGCUUAUUCUUCCAAAUUGUUAAAAGAAAAAUUUAUUAAAUACUAAAUUGUCUAUGAUACCCAAAAUCUCAGGACAGCCUUAAUCAUAUGAUCUUCAUUUCUGAACAGGUAAUUGUAUCCAAAGAAAACACUGUUUUUAUUGGUGGGGCUGGUGACAAGAAAUAUAUUGGAGAACGAUGUGAACAGGUAGGGUGGUUUAUACUUCUCACAUAUUAUAUAUCAUGUAGCAGUCAGUGCAUGAUCUGCUUUGACUCUCUUUUUUUUUUCUUCCAAAUAGGAAGGAUGUUUGUUAUAUAUGUUCUAAAUCUAAAUAAUCAUGCAGAUACGAUCCAUGGUUGAAACGAGUGAGUCUGGCUAUGACAAGGAUAUGUUACAAGAUAGGUUGGCUAAGCUUUCUGAGAGUGUUGCUGUAAUAAAGGUAGUGAAACUAAUCUGUUGCAACACACUAAUGGACUCAAUAUUUAUUGAUGCAUAUAACUAAUGAUGGGAUGGCUUUUAGAUCGGAGGAACGAGUGAGAGAGAAAUUAGCGAAAAGAUAGAUAGAGUAAACAAUGCUCUAAAUGCAACCAAAGCAGCUUUAGAAGAAGGUAUUGUUCCAGGCGGUGGUGUUGCUCUUUUGUACGCGUCAAAAGAACUUGAGAAGCUUUCCACAAAUUACAUUAGUCAAGAAAUCGGUGUCCAAAUCAUCCAAAAUGCUCUCAAGGUUUUUUUUUUCUCUCAUCACAAAUUUUCUUCAUCUCCAACUUAGAUACCUCUGUGAAUCUUGAACACUAAAUAAUACUUUGAUGCAGAUACCUGUUUACAUUAUUGCUUCCAACGCUGGAGUCGACGGUAAAGUCAUCGUUGACAAGCUUUUGGAAUCAAAUAAUCCUGACAUCGGUUAUGAUGCUGCUAAAGGAGAAUACGUGGAUAUGGUGAAGUCUGGUAAUAUCGACCCUGUGAAAAUGAUCAGAACCGCAUUGGCUGAUGCUGCGAGGGACUCAAAUGGUCUGAAAAUUUAUUGUCAUUUUUUGUAGUUUAUUUUUUUAGUGCCUUUGUUUGCUAAUCUUUGUUAUUCUAUUGGUUAGUGUCUCGCUUUUGUUGACUACGACGGAAGCAGUUGUGACCGAGAUUCCAACAAAAGAAGAUGCGUUUCCCGUUAUGGGUGGUGGUUGUGGGUGUAUGGGUUUCUGAUGAGGACCCUACACGCUAGCUAGGUUACUGGAAAUUGGUGUGAGAUUAUAUGGUUGCUUCAUCCACAAGGCAUUUUAAGAUAUUUUGUUCAUACAAUUCUUUUGUUUUUUAUAGCUUGACGAUGAGGAUUUUUUUAUAUCAAAAUCACAUAAACAUACAUAUAACCUUGACACUACAGUACUACACUCUAAUCUGUUUUUUUUUUCCUGUUUUAGAGAUGACCUAAGUUAUUAAUUAAAACUAGAUAACUUAUAUUGUACGAAAGAUUUCUUUCUAACUUAGUGUAUAGUUUUCUUGUAUGAGGGUUUAUGCUUAAGAAGAACCAAUAUUUGGGAGUUGGGAUGAAGGUGAUAGGCCGUGGAGGGUGUAUACGAGAAGAGUUGGAAGGAAGAAUCAAGGAGUUAUCGAAGAUGAAGAUGGCGAGAGUUUGUUACAAAGAGAAUAAAUCAAAUAAUAGAUUUUGUGCUUGGGCCUUAUCUAUAAAAGGACCCAAGAUUACUUUACGGUUCUUCACGCAAACAAUUGGAUUUGUGUGUGGGCUUGUGAUCUCUCUUGAGAUACAAGAAAGGCUUAGAGCUCUGGUUUGUAGAGCCUAAAAGAGGGGAGGUUGGGCGGUUAUAAUUCAAUAUUACUCUAAAGUUAAGGAUGAUGCGCUAUGCUUAUCUUUUUGGGAAGCGCCUGCUACAAAAUACAAACCCUCUGGCUCCAGAAGUUGUUGACAUUUUGAGAUCAGGCUUGUAAGCGUACUUGGUUCCUUGUAGUUCCACACCUGAUUCGAAAUAUUGAAUAGCUGAUACUGUAUUUGCUAAUAAGCGGCAUUUAACCACAUAAUGGAAUGGGCCACGUUUGAUUGGGCUUGUUUUGUUAACAACUAAGCCCGAACAAGAAAACCAUAGCCCCAACUAUUUACUUGCUAAUUACGGCUCACCGUCCGCGACUCUAGGGUAUCAAGCUUUCCAGCUAUCGGCAGACUUCAACAUCUACCACAUGGCGACGCAAAUCAAAGGGAAGAAAAAGGGGAAUUUCACUAGAUCUAACUCACUGCACUAAUUGUAUUUUGAACUGUUUUAGUAACUUUGUUGAGUUUUGUAGUUUGUAGCGGACGGUAUAUUCUACGCCGAAUUGAAUGAGGUUUUGACAAGAGAGCUUGCAGAAGACGGUUACGUUGGUGCAGAAGUUAGGGUUACAACGACUGAAGAAGUUGUAACUAAGAUUUCAAAGAAAGAAGAAGCGUCUCCAGCUAUGGGAGGUGGCGUGGGCGGUGAGGGAGAAAAGGGUUCUACAAAAACAAAACAGUGAAGGGGUUUCUUAUGAGAAUCCUAAACCCUAGCUAGGUUACUUUUGAAACUGUUGCGAUAUCAUAUGGUUUGCUUCAUCCACAAGGCACUAGUUUUUUUUUCCCCUAUAUUGUCACAUUCGAUUAAUAAAUUAUUUUUAAAUAAGUAUUUUUGUUGGAUCAUACAAGUCUUUUGUGUUAUAUCUUCCUAGUUCCAAUAUUCGUCAGAUUAUAGUUCAAGGAAAUCUUCGAGGAGGUUUCGCAUGGAGAUAUCUCUUUCUUACCAACCUUCACCAAAACCUAGUCUCUUAUUAACACAAAAAUACGUGGUUCAAUUAACAGACUCUAAGUCCCAAAAAAAAAAAAGAUAUUGCCAAAUGUAGCAUGUAGAACGAAACAAAAGAUUAUAAAGAUUAUAAAGAAAAGAUAUUGCCCCGAACGAUUCACUCCACAAAGAAAUGUCAUGAACACAAAAGCCUCUUCUUUUGUCUUCACUUGUUUGUCCGUACCAUAAUAUAAUUAUAGCAGUUAACCACAUUCAAUUAAUCUAAUAUUUUAGACUAAUUUACAGCUUGGAUAAACAGGAAGAAACGAGUUGAUUUGAUUUGGUUAGUUGGUCAAACUCUCAAUUUGACCACACAACCCCUGUGUUCGACUUUCGUGGAAGCUAAAAGAAGCAUAAAUCCAUUCAACUAUAUGACAAAAAUAAACAAAGAAAAAUAAAGAAUGUUCCUACUCAUCUAGCUAGUUCAAAAUACAUUGUCAGUUUGUCACAACUUACUAGAAUUAUUUUGGGAAAUCUAAUUAGUAGUAAGAUAAAGAAGAAGCUUGAUGAUGAAUUAGCUUAACGAGAAAAACUAAAUCUGUUUAGGCAAGAAAGUUAAUGUCUCGUUUGAUUAUACACUUCCAAAAGUUUUUGUUAAACUACAAGUAAUCAUGGAUGUAAUUUGAGAACGCUCCACGUUAUUUAUUUCUUUAAUCUUUAUACAUCCUCUACGCGACGUGGCCGUCUAUUGGAAUGUUUCCUCGUGCUCAGGGAAUGUUUCUUCGUAUUUUAUUUAUAAAAUUUGCAAUGUUCAAAGUUCUCGAUCAACAAAAUUCAUGUGAUGAAAUUAAAAUAUCAUUAAACGUUGAAAAAAUAAACACUCAAGCGAAAUUUAACAUGUGUGUCUACUACUAUUCACUAAAGAACACCUUUUUAUAAAAAGAGAAAAUUUAAACAAAGAUCUACCAUACAUAAUAGCCAAAAAAGAAAAAAAAGAAGUCAAAGUAUAUGAAGAUACUAGUCAUCUAAUCGUACGGCUGUGAACAGAGGUGUACAUAUCACUAAAAUAUAAUUGCAACAUAGAAUCACGCACCAAAGCAUACUUUUAAAAUCGACUUUGGAACCGCGUCUUCUUUACUCUUUCUGCAAGAUUGUCGUGUGAGAACAGUGAACAGACUCACACUUCAACUCUUAAGCUUCGGUCUCUUCUUCUCUCUUCAUCUUUCUUUGGAUUCUGUAUCUAUUUCUGAAUCCAGCCAGAGCCAAAAGAUUCGUGUAGGUAUUGGCAAUGAAUGAUCAACGGGUGAGAUCUUUCCAGAUCAGUCCUGGAGACUUAGAGGCUGCUCAGCUUGAUGAUCUCAUAAGGGAGAUAGAGCAGAAGAGUCUCUUUUACCACCAAGAGAAGAAAAAGUCGUUGAGAGCUCGUUAUAUCUAUGGAACCAUCUUCUUGAUUAUAAAUCUGUGCGCUUGGUUCAUCCGAGACUAUGCACAAAAGGCUCUGACCUUGCUUCCACAUGUUAGUAGUUGUGGACCAGAAGGAAGUCAUUGUUUCCAUACUCUUGGGGUACUCAGAGUGAGUCUUGGAUGUUUCAUAUUUUUCCUCGUUAUGUUCCUCUCAACAUGGAACACAAUGAAACUCCACCAAGCUCAAAACACUUGGCACUCAGACAAUUGGUCCUUCAAGUUUCUCCUGCUGGUUUCAGUCAUGGUUGCUUCUUUCUUCAUACCUCAGCUUUACAUCCAAAUUUACGGAGAAAUCGCGCGUGUUGGUGCAGGGAUAUUUCUUGGACUUCAACUAAUAAGUGUGAUUGAAUUCAUCACUUGGUGGAAUAACUACUGGAUGCCUAAUAACCAAAACAAGCAAAGCUGCUCUUUUGGUUUGGCCAUGUCAGUAGUUUUCUACAUCGGCUCUGUUUGUGGGAUCGCGGUGAUGUACUACUUCUAUGUAGCUUCAACUGCUUGUGCCCUCAAUAUAUUUUUCAUCUCAUUGACUGUUCUUCUUCUAAUCGUUAUGAUGGUUAUGUCACUACAUUCAAAGGUGAAGAGCAGCCUUAUGUCAUCUGGGAUUAUGGCUUCCUACAUUGUGUUUUUAUGUUGGUCUGCCAUCAGAAGCGAACCUUCACAUACCAAAUGCAAUGCGCAUACACAGAACGGUCACACCGAUUGGAUCACAGUACUGAGUUUCCUUAUAGCUAUAGGAGCCAUUGUGAUGGCAACAUUCUCAACCGGGAUCGAUUCAGAAUCCUUCAGCUUCCAGUUCCGUAAAGACGAAGCUAAAGAAGAAGAUGAUAUUCCAUAUAGCUAUGGAUUCUUCCAUCUUGUGUUUUCCUUAGGAGCAAUGUACUUUGCUAUGUUGUUCAUCAGCUGGAACCUCGAGCAUUCAGCUCGGAAAUGGAGCAUGGAUGUUGGGUGGACAAGCACAUGGGUGAAGAUAGUGAAUGAGUGGUUUGCCGCAGGGAUAUACCUGUGGAAGUUGAUUGCACCUAUUGUGAGACAGCCUAGGGUUCAUGAGCAACCUCAGCCAACAACAACAGAAGUCAGCAGAUAGAUAGGUGGAGUGAAUUAUCACUGUCAUUGCUCAAUUUUUGAAGUUAAUACAGAAACAGUUCCAUCUCCAUUUUCUAAAAAGCUUUUUUUUUUACCAAGUUCA